AUGACCACCUUGGCGAUAAGUGCUAUUGUAUCUCUGGUGGAAGAUACAAAGCCUGAGGUACGGGGUUGUCGUCUUGAAAAGAGAGUAGUAAAACAAGAGUUAAUUGAUGAGGCUGUUUCCUUGAUGAAUUAUGUUUCCAAAAGCUAUAACGGAUCUGAUACUUCGAUAACAAGAUCCAUUAGAACCCCUGGCUUUGAUGCAACUUACCACUAUGUUGCUCAAGAAUUGAAUAAACUAAGCGAGUUCUACGAUGUGUUCACACAGUUGUUUAUGGUUCCAAAAUGGCAAGCGAAUAGCCAUCUGAUUACCAUCAAUAAUAUGGAUUUUUUAAACUCAACUGUAAUUGAAGGUAGUCCUGGUGGUGAAACGCAUGGCAACGUAAAUGUUGCCUUGAAUUAUGGUUGCUUCCCUAAAGACUAUUUCCUCUUUGGUAAGAUUUUCAUUGUUAAGAAAGGUCAAUGUUCCUACCUUGAUAAAAUACAAGCAGCUUCUGAAGCUUCUGUAAGUGGAUUAUUAAUAUACGAUGAUUCUUCAGACACAAAUCCACAUAUUCAAUUAAAGGGUCGCUUUGGUACUCAAGUUCAUGUUACAAUUCCAGCAUUUGGAAUUUCAGCAAAUGAUGCUAGAAAUCUUAUUGAAAAAUCAAAAAAGAAGAAGAAUCCAUAUAUCAGAACUCAAUUAAAUUCUACAACGUCUUACUUAAAAUUUGGCAAUAUCAUUGCAACCUCCAAAAGUGGUAAUCAAAGUAAUAUUGUUAUGGCAGGUGCGACCAUGGACUCAUCAAAUGGAAGUAAAGGAGUUAACGAUAAUGGUUCAGGAGUGAUAUCUUUACUUAAUAUUGCCAAGUAUUUGACUUCUUUUGAACUUCAUAAUGCCGUUAAAUUGUCUUGGUGGGGUGGAGGUAAUCAUAGAGCUUUUGGUUCAGUUAAUUAUGAGUGGGCUGGAGGCAAUGAUAUUGACAAAGUUCAAGUUUAUCUUGAUUUGAAUACACUCGCUUCACCAAAUUAUGGGUACCUUAUACCCAACUAUUCCCCUCUCACAAAGGAUUUCAGUAAAUACUUUUCUGCAAAGGGUAUCCCGUAUAAGGAAGUUGAUUUUGGGUUUGACUCUAAAAUUUUCAUUAAUGACCUGUGGGUUUUCAGUGAUUUAGGAAUUCCUUCUGGAAGUGCAAAUGCGGGUAAACUACAUUUAAAGGAUGGGGAUGCAGUUCAGAAGUUUGGAGGAGUUGUGAAUACUCCUUACGAUCUGUGUAAUGGGUUAUCAUGUGAUGAUAUAUCAAACUUGAAUCUUGAUGUGUGGUUCAACAUGACUAAGGCAUAUGCGUAUCUUAUUGGAGCUUAUUCCAACUCAAUUGAAAAUGUACCCAAAAUUCCAAUUAAAUCGGGUAAAAUUUUAAAUUAA